AUGUACCGAAUUGGAGUCGAUGUCGGUGGAACGAACACCGACGCCGCCAUUGUUGAUAUCAACGCACUCGAUACCGAUUCGCGUGGCGUGCUCGCUACAUGCAAGACUUCCACGACAGCACAAGUGACGCUAGGGAUCCAGAACGCAGUCAGAGAAGUUCUCGCUCGCUCGAAGGUCGACAGAAGUAAAGUGUUGAAUGUCGCUAUCGGGACAACGCACUUCGUAAAUGCGGUUGUCGAAAAUGAUGCCCGGAGGCUUAGUCGAGUAGCUGUGAUAAGGCUUUGUGGCCCCUAUACCAGGAAGAUUCCCCCUUUUGCGGACUUCCCAUAUGCAUUGAAGAAUAUCAUUGAAGGACCCGCGUUCUACCUCGAUGGAGGACUUGAGAUUGACGGCCGGGAGAUAUCUCCGCUGAACCAUGGCCAAAUCAAAGCCACAGCUGCAGCAAUCGUGGAAGCAGGCAUCGAGCACGUUGCCGUUGUCGGAGUCUUCUCUGCGCUCGAUCACAACGGUCUCCAUGAAGAGCGAUGUCGAGAGCUUUUACAACAGUUUGCACCAGGGCUAUCUGUCGUCUGCUCCGGCCAGAUCGGUGGAACCGGACUCUUGACCCGCGAGAAUGCCACCAUCUUGAACGCGGCGAUUUUGGGAUUCGCCCGCAGGACCAUCCGAGGUUUCAGACUUGCCAUGCACAAGCUUGACCUCUCGUGUCCACUGUACCUGACCCAGAAUGAUGGAACCCUCACUGAUGCUGCGGUGGCUGCUGAACUGCCCAUCAAGACAUUCGCCAGUGGUCCAACCAACAGUCUGAUGGGUGCCGCUUUUCUUCAGGGACUAGAUCACGGUGACCAAAGACUAGCCGAUAAGCAAGUCGUGGUAGUCGAUAUCGGAGGGACAACGACCGACAUCUGCUCGCUCUUGCCUUCAGGAUUUCCUCGGCAGGCGCCCAACUUCGUCGAGGUGGGCGGGGUACGCACUGCCUUCUCCAUGCCAGAGGUGCUCUCCAUCGGCCUUGGAGGAGGGAGUCGCGUGCGUCAAUCCGCGGAUGAUGAGAAAGUCACUGUCGGUCCGGACUCGGUUGCGCAUCGUCUCACGACUGACGCCAUGGUGUUUGGAGGAAGUGUCAUGACUGCGACGGAUAUCGUGGUAGCCUCGGGAGCAGCCCAUAUCGGAGACUAUGAAAGAGUCGAGGCCAUUUCUGAACAGGUGAUUGCCGGAGGAAAAGCCGACAUUAAACGACAGCUGGAACGGGCCAUCGACAAGAUGAAGGUCUCUUCUGCUCCCGUAUCUGUCCUUCUCGUCGGAGGAGGCUCAAUCAUCAUCACGGAGGACCUCGACGGAGUGGAAGAGUGUCUUCGACCUCCUCAUCACGACUCUGCGAAUGCUGUGGGAGCAGCUAUUGCGAAAGUGGCAGGGGAAGUUGAUGUGAUUGAGAUAUUGGCUGGCCGAGACGAGAACGCCGCGAUCGAGGCAGUCAAGAAAGCUGCAAUCGCGGCCGCUGUGUCGAACGGAGCAGACGAAAAGGAUGUCAAAAUCGUGGAGAUCAAGAAAAUCCCGCUACAGUAUGUCACUAACAAAGCCACAAGAUUCGUGAUGAAGGCAGUCGGAAGUCUUCGAGCCAGAGACUACGCUACGGUCCAGAAUGGCUUCUCUAACGGCACAAUCUACCACGAGCAAGAACUGGAUGCUGACACGACACAAGAGGCGACCAAGGCCGAGGCGACGAAUGUGCAGACGGGCAGUCUUGCGAAGCCGACAUUGGGUGUCGACAUUGCAAAGUAUCGUCCCAACGUCAAGGACGGCGUCUGGUACAUCUCUCCCGUCGACGUGGAACUGAUCGCUUCAGGCGCCGGCAUACUCGGGACCGGAGGCGGUGGCUCGCCGUAUCUGAUGGCCUUGUACAUACUGGACAUCCUGCGCAAAGCCGGUCCGGGAGCCAUCCGCGUCGUUGCUCUCGAAUCUCUCAGAGACGACGACACGUGUGUGUUCGGCGCGGGAUACGGCGCGCCUUCAGUGAGCGACGAACGCAUCAGCGCAGGCACGGACGUGUUCGCCGCCAUCGACGCCGUCAACAGCAUCAUGCACAUCAAAGACUUUGAUGGCAUCGUGGCAGAUGAGAUCGGAGGAGGCAACGGACUGGUGACUUUUCCCACCAGUGCACGCUAUGGUCGACCCGUGGUUGACUGCGACUUGAUGGGUCGUGCUUAUCCCACCCUCGAGCAUGGAACCCCUUAUAUCUAUGGACAGCCAGUCCUGCCGUUUGCCACCGCAGACUGUAAAGGUAACGCGUCUGUGGUUGUGGCCGCCGAAUCCAACAAGCGAGUAGAAUCGCUGAUACGCACGACCUGUAUCGAAAUGGGCAAUUCGACUGCGGCGGCGGGACGUCCUCUCUCUGGAAAAGCCAUCAAAGAUUACGCUGUGCCCAACACGGUCUCCCAAUCAUGGUACCUGGGCCGCGCCGUCCACCUCGCCCGCGAAUCAAAAAUCGAUUUCAUAGAAGCCAUCUCGAGCAUCACCCCAGUCAAAGAGCUCUACGUGGGCAAAAUCGUCGACGUAACCCGCGACGUCUCCCGCGGGUAUACAGUCGGUCGCUGCGUGAUCGCCCCUUUGUCGGCCGAGGAACAAGACGACGUCGACGACCGCUCAAACCCACCAUCCACUCGCCAGGAGAACGGUCACGAAACCCGCUACCUCGUCAUCCCAUUCCAGAACGAAUACCUCUCGGCGGGUUUCAUCCGCCAGUUCCCACCCACCACACCACCCGCCUCGUCGUCCUCACCGCUCGAGCUUGAGGAGGACAUAAUAUGCACAGUCCCGGACCUGAUCUCCAUCCUCGGCAGUGAUGGCGAAGCCCUCGGUUCUCCCGAGCUGCGCUACGGUCUCAAGGUCCGCGUGAUAGGCAUGCCGGCCUCGCCAUUGUGGACCGGUAGCGCAGAGGGCCUGAGAGUCGGUGGACCAGAGUUCUUUGGUCUGAAGUGUAGGUGGGAGGAGGUUAGAGAACGGGGCAGGGUCAAUGGGAUGGGUGUGGGAGAGUAUCAGAGGCCGAGAAGUGUGAUUGAGGAAUUCAAUGUGAGCUCUUCCUGA